AUGACAGUGUCUAGCCAGUCACCAGUCAAGAAACAAUUACACAAUGCCAUACAGCCAAGCAACGGUCAAUACGAAUACCAUGACAAGUUGUCUACUCUGGGUAUGAGAAUUAGACAGGCUGUCGAUAACGGUUACCAAGGGGUUUCCGUACACAACACCGCUAAUAACACCAUUGCUGCCACAAGUGGCAGUAACGGUUCCAAUAGCAGUAUAAAUGGAGCAGGGUUCUCUAAUAUCUGCGUACAGGACAACACAAGGUUUACCAUUCCAGAAUACAAAAGAGUCGCUUUGGCUAAACAACCACCAAUGUUGGUGAACCAAAGAACUGUGUCGAUGAAUUCAAACCUGGAACAAUGGGAACAAAAUUUGGAUCAAAGACUCUCGAGCAUAGAUGACGAUAUCAUGAGAAAUAAACUUGGUGCAAGUGACUUUUUGUCCGGAGCUUCCAAGAGAAGUUUCGACGAUUUGGAAUUUUGA